GCGGCUCAGGAGCAACUGCUGAGAGCUGGGGGAGAGCAUCCGGAAGCUGCGGGCUGGCCCAGCCUGACUCCACCCACCAGGUUGGAUGUCCGGACUACAAGUCCCAAGAGGCUCGGUGCUGCCACCCCGCCCCACCGGAAGGAGGGUCGCCGAGGUGUGGGGAGGAGCCGCAAAAGGGAUUGUGGGAGAAAGGCUUCUUCCUUUCCUCUGGCGGCAGCCAUCAGGUGAGCCAAGAUGGGUGCAUACAAAUACAUCCAGGAGCUAUGGAGGAAGAAGCAGUCCGACGUGAUGCGCUUUCUUCUGCGGGUCCGCUGCUGGCAGUACCGCCAGCUCUCCGCGCUGCACAGGGCUCCCCGCCCCACCCGGCCUGAUAAAGCGCGAAGACUGGGAUACAAGGCGAAGCAAGGUUAUGUCAUUUACAGGAUUCGUGUCCGCCGUGGUGGUCGCAAACGCCCGGUUCCUAAGGGUGCAACUUACGGCAAGCCUGUCCACCAUGGUGUUAACCAGCUGAAAUUUGCCCGAAGCCUUCAGUCUGUUGCUGAGGAGAGAGCUGGGCGCCAUUGUGGGGCUUUGAGAGUCCUGAAUUCCUACUGGGUUGGUGAAGAUUCCACAUACAAAUUUUUCGAGGUUAUCCUCAUUGAUCCAUUCCAUAAAGCUAUCAGAAGAAAUCCUGACACCCAGUGGAUCACCAAACCAGUCCACAAGCACAGAGAGAUGCGUGGGCUGACAUCUGCCGGCCGAAAGAGCCGUGGCCUUGGAAAGGGCCACAAGUUCCACCACACUAUUGGUGGUUCUCGCCGUGCAGCCUGGAGAAGGCGCAAUACUCUCCAGCUCCACCGUUACCGCUAAUACACAUGAUAUUUGUAUAAUUCAUAUCCAAUAAACAAUUUUAGGACAGUCAUUUCUGCUUAAAGGUGUUAUUUGUUAAAGUUAGUCUACAAAUUGUCAUGAGUGCUUUGUGAAAGAAAGUAUAGAAGUUAAGAUGCAAUAAUUGAAAACUGCGGGUGAUGGUGUGUCUUGUUUCUGAUGUACUUUCUUUGCAUUGUCUGCUUAGAGGAUUAAGUUUAUAGUGUUUGUGCCAAGUGGUGUCUGGUGUGUAAGAGCCUGUAAAAGGAGUCCUGAAACUGGCCCUUGAUGUGUUUGGUGCAUGAGAUAGAAUCUACGGCUUUAUGAUGGGAUCUGGUUCACUGAAGUGACUGGGAAUUUGAGUAUAAGCUUUACAGUUGGAUUUUGCUUAGAAAUGUAUAGGAAGAGGGUUUCAAACCUGUUUUGUGAAUAUGCAUAGAAAAGUGAAAAAUUGAAUCCAGUGUUCCAUUUUCAGAAGACCAGGUAAAUUUGUUGGAAGAGGUUUACAUUCUUUUGGAUCUAGAGUGUGGGUUUGAUGCUUGAGGAUUUGAAGCUGAAGAUUGAACAUUGGAUGGAGUGGGGCAAUUAUUCCCAUUAGAAUUUGUAAGCUAGUAACCAUAUGUUUGCAAGUUAACCAAGCAAAGGUGAGUAGUGUUUAUGCUUUUCUAGCAGCUGGUGUGGUGUGCAGGUGGAUCUUGUUCCAGGACUGCCUACAAUAGAGAGAAAUUUUCUCUAUUCAGUCAGUCAUGGGUAAGACAAGUCCAUUGGUAGUGUGAUUUCAUUGUUUACAGUCUACCCAUAGGUAGUUGGGGUUGCUGGGUUUGCUGCUUCCUGGUCCUGCCUGGACAUUCUUUACAUUUCACAAAGGUCACGCAUACCACGUUUUAUUUCUGUGCCAUGCUUUGUAGUUUCCCACAGGGAUUUUGACUGGAAGAAAUAGUAUUCCUAUCACAUAUCUAGGUUUGCUGAUUUGGACAGCUGGUUUGAUAUCAAAAUCUAAUUGAUGUUUUUAUUAAACUGAUUUUUGGAGAUUUUUUAAAAAAUGAUUUCCAGAAAAUACUAGACUCAAAGUCUUGACCUAAAAUACUUUUCUAUUCAGCAAAACAAGUCACUGUAUAUAGAGGUUGUUCAACUAAAGUAAUAAAUGUCUGUUAAACAAG